CCAACAAUAGCAUGCGAAUAGGCUUGUUUCCCCGCAACGAACCCCACGAGCGGGUGAACAUGAGUCGCCAACGUGAGAUCGUACUAUUGGAGGAAUGUAUUCUUCCGUUGUUCCUAUGGGAAUCAAGAUCGAACCUUACGUGACUGAAGUUGCGGCUCGACAUCACGCGUGUUUCGUAAUCGCCAGUCACGGUUCAGCGUUCCUCCAAUGCGUCUAG